AUGCCGUUUGGUUUCUUGGUGAUGCUUCUCUUCUACUACGAUCAUAACGUUAGCAGUUUGACUGCGCAGGCGAAGCAGUAUCCUUUGAAGAAGCCCGGUGGAUUCCACUGGGACUUCUUCUUGCUCGGAUGCACGACCUUCGUUUCAGGUAUCAUCGGUAUUCCGUUACCAAACGGUCUCGUUCCACAGGCACCUGUUCAUACCGAUUCCUUGACACUUUUCGAAACAGAUCUCCAGAUAAUCGCCACUGAAGAAGGUGAAGGGAACGAGAUUCGCCGCCCUAUUGUCAGAGCUACCGGCGUCGUUGAGCAGAGAAUCUCACAUUUCCUUAUGGGUCUUGGUAUCAUCGGUACCAUGACUGGUCCUCUCCUGAUCGUUUUGCACACUAUGCCACGAGCUAUUUUCUGUGGUGUAUUCUUUGUUGUUGGGUGGGGAUCCAUCGAGAGCAAUGGCAUCACUCAGAAAUUGCUGUUCUUAAUGACUGAGCGCCGUUUCGUCCAGCAAGCGGAGCCUCUCCUGAAAGUCAGACGACGUAAGAUAUGGUUAUAUCUCAUGUUCCAGAUAGUCGGUGUGAUCCUUCCGGUCGCGAUUUCUCAAACAAUCGCAGCUAUCGGCUUCCCGGUACUCGUCUGCGCACUAAUUCCGUUCCGUUGGAAGACGAUGCCGAGAUGGUUCACUGUAAAGGAACUUGAAAUCAUGGAUGAUUUGACAGCGAACAAUGAAGUCGUCCUCGCAAGUUUUGGGGGUGCGCCGAAUCUUCCUGGCUCAUCGACAGCGGAAGAAUAUGGUUUGGAGCGUAGAUUCAGUGAGAGUAAGAUAGGUGUACCACGACAGAGGGCUGGUAGUCGUGGCCGUUAG